GGGUGCGUCUGUUCAAAUUUUACUCUCCCUUCUGGUGCAGCGGAACGUCGUGUAAAAAUCCUCCAUCUGAAGUUGGUGUUGUUUUAUACAUCAUUGAAAAGCCUGAUUAGUCACCUUUUACAACGAAGUAUAGCUUGCAAGGAUUGGGCUUCUGUUAGAAGAGCAACACAACCCCACAUUGUUCCUUUAGCUGCAUGGAUCAGUAUGAGGACAGAGAGGAGGGAGUCCCUCAUGAGAGCCAGAGCAAAGCUCAGAGGAAUCAACCUGGACCUGGACCUAGACCUGGAUUUGGACUUGAAUCAGAACCAAAACCUGAACCCAGCUGUGUGUCCCUUAAGAGUGACAACUCAAAGCAUUUAAUCAUUCAUUUCAAAUCAGACCAACGUUCAGCUGCAAAGAGGAUCCAUCAGAGACUAGAACCUGACCCAGGUCCUGGAGCUGAAUCCAGCAGUGUGUCCUUGAUGAGUGACCAAUCAAAUGAGCAUUUGAAAGACUUGAAACGAAGGCGUGGACCCGAUGGAAAAGUGGACCAGCAGAGCUCAGAGCUUCCCAGUGGUCAGUCUGACCAGCAGCAUCAAACACAGCUGGACUCCAUAUUUAUGCUGCUGGAGGACAACAUUAUCAUUUUUGUGAAGAACGAGCUGAAGAAGAUCCAGAAGCUUCUUAGUCCAGAUUUCCCAGAUUGCUCAGUGUUGGAGGGUGAGGGUGAGGAGCAGAAGAGCAGCAGAGAGGCAUUUGUGAAGAUCACAGUGGACUUCCUGAGGAGGAUGAAGCAGGAAGAGGAACUUUCUAAAGAUUGAAGCUGCUGGAUGAAUGACACGUUUACUGAUGUCUAAGAACAUAGAAUAACAUUCAGAUAGUUGUUGAGCAGUAUGAAAUGUUUAUUUACUGAUGUUAUUUCUUCUUUUCAUUCAGAACUUUUUUUCUGUAGUUUGUGGACGUAAACUAAAAUCUGGUCUGAAGAAGAAGUUCCAGUGUGUGUUUGAGGGGAUUUCUAAAGCAGGAAACCCAACCCUUCUGAACCAGAUCUACACAGAGCUCUACAUCACAGAGGGAGGGACUGCAGAGGUCAAUGAUGAACAUGAGGUCAGACAGAUUGAAACAGCAUCCAGGAAACCAGACAGAUCAGAAACAAUCAUCACACAAGAAGAGAUCUUUAAACUCCCACCUGGAAGAGAUGAACCAAUCAGAACAGUGAUGACAAAGGGAGUGGCUGGCAUUGGGAAAACUGUCUUAACACAGAAGUUCACUCUGGACUGGGCUGAAGACAAAGCCAACCAGGACAUCCAGCUGACAUUUCCACUGACUUUCAGAGAGCUGAAUGUGCUGAAAGAGAAAAAGUUCAGCUUGGUGGAACUUGUCCAUCACUUCUUUACUGAAACCAAAGAAGCAGGAAUCUGCAGCUUUGAAGAUUUCCAGGUUGUCUUCAUCUUUGAUGGUCUGGAUGAGAGUCGACUUCCUCUGGACUUCCACAACAAUGACACCCUGACUGAUGUUACAGAGUCCACCUCUGUGGAUGUGCUGCUGACUAACCUCAUCAGGGGGAACCUGCUUCCCUCUGCUCGCCUCUGGAUAACCACACGACCUGCAGCAGCCAAUCAGAUCCCUCCUGACUGUGUUGGCAUGGUAACAGAGGUCAGAGGGUUCACUAACCCACAGAAGGAGGAGUACUUCAGGAAGAGGUUCAGAGAUAAGAAGAAAUCCAACAGGAUCAUCUCCCACAUCAAGUCAUCACGAAGCCUCCACAUCAUGUGCCACAUUCCAGUCUUCUGCUGGAUCACUGCUACAGUUCUGGAGGAUGUGCUGGAAACCAGAGAGGGAGGAGAGCUGCCCAAGACCCUGACUGAGAUGUACAUCCACUUCCUGGUGGCCUCAGUUUACUCAGGAGUGUUCACACAGAUCUUCAUAGAGGAGAGAGGACUGUACCAGGAGAAGGUGUUCAGCUUCGUCCAUCUAACUGUUCAGGAGUUUCUGGCUGCUCUUCAUGUCCGUCUGACCUUCAUCAACUCUGGUGUCAACCUGAUGGGGGAAAGAGAAACAUCCAAGAUUCCUCAAAUACUUAAUCUACAAUGUGUAGAUCAGUGGGCUGUGUACAAGGCCUUACAGAGUCCAAAUGGACACCUGGACUUGUUUCUCCGUUUUCUUCUGGGUCUCUCAAUGCAGACUAAUCAGAGUCUCCUACGAGGCCUGAUGACAGACACAGGAAGUAGCUCACAGACCAAUCAGGAAACAGUCCAGUACAUCAAGAAGAAGAUCAGUGAGAGUCUGUCUACAGAGAGAAGCAUCAAUCUGUUCCACUGUCUGAAUGAACUGAAUGAUCGUUCUCUAGUGGCGGAGAUUCAACAGUUCCUGAGAUCAGGACGUCUCUCCACAGAAAAAAUGUCUCCUGCUCAGUGGUCAGCUCUGGUCUUCAUCUUACUGUCAUCAGAAGACCUGGAGGUGUUUGACCUGAAGAAAUAUUUGUCUUCAGAAGAGGCUCUUCUGCGGCUGCUGCUAGUUGUCAAAGCCUCCAGCAAAGCUCUAUUAAGUGUGUGUGGCCUCUCUGAGAAGAGCUGUAGAGCUCUGUCUUCAGUUCUCAGCUCUCAGUCCUCCAGUCUGACGGAACUGGAUCUGAGUAAUAAUGACCUGCUGGAUUCAGGACUGAAGCAGCUCUGUGAUGGACUGAAGAGUCCAAACUGCAAACUGGAAAACCUCAGCCUGUCAGGCUGUCUGAUUACAGAGGAAGGCUGUGCUUCUUUGGCCUCAGCUCUCACCUCCAAUUCAUCCCAUCUGAGAGAACUGGACCUCAGCUACAACCAUCCAGGAGACUCCGGAGUUAAGCUGCUGAUGGCUGCAUUGAAGGAUCCAAACAAGCUCAGGGUGGAGCCUGCUGGAGAACAAUGGUUGAGACCAGGUUUGAGGAAGUAUUCCUGUCCACUCACCAUCGACACAAACACAGUGAACAAAAACCUCAAACUGUCUGACAACAACAGGAUGGUGACAUAUGAGGAGAAGCUUCACUCGUAUCCUGAGCAUCCAGACAGAUUCGAUGAAAGGCCUCAGCUGCUGGGUGUAAAUCUUCUGACAGGUCGCUGUUACUGGGAGGUGGAGUGGAGAGGAGACGUUUAUAUCUCAGUGACUUACAGAGGAAUCGGGAGAAGAGGAAAAACCAGUGGCUGUUUGUUUGGUCACAACGAUCAGUCCUGGAGUCUGUUCUGCUCUGAUGAUGAUGGUUACUCUGUCUGCUACAAUUACAGAAAAACACACAUCUCUUCCUCCUCAUCUUCCUCCUCUUCCUCUGUCUCUAACAGAGUAGCAGUGUAUGUGGACUGUCCUGCUGGAACUCUGUCCUUCUACAGAGUCUCCUCUGAUGCCCUGAUCCACCUCUACACCUUCAACACCACAUUCACCCAUCCUCUGCUUCCUGGACUGGGGUUUUGGUCUGGGUCACUUGGUUCCUCAGUGUUUGUGUGUUGAGUUUAAAGGGUUUCAUCCUGUUAGUGAAACUCUGACAGAUGAACUGAUAUUUCAGUUUGUACAUUCCUGCCUCUUCCACUUAAAAACAUCUUCUCAGAUUCAUAGAUUCAGUCACUGUCUCUUGAAAACUCUUCUAAAUGAUUUUGUGGAAUAUUCUUCUUCUUCCAGUCUUUUAAAGAUGGGAGUUGAUAUACUUUGCGAAGGCAGAUGUUUUUUUUUUUUUUGUUUUUUUUUUCUUGGUCCGUUUCCAGUAAAAGUUUCACACUAAAUAUUAUUAUACCGUGUUACGUUUGUUGACUUCCUGUUUCUGGGGCAUUUUCGGAAGAGUUGGUGUAACUAUGUGUUGCUGUGUUAGCUGGCAUGGUGGUUGGUGGUAAAUACAGUCGUCGUGUUUGUUGGACUUUGUCAACAAUCAUGUCAGCGCCAGUUACAAUACUGAAGAGUAUUUUAGUUUGCUUGGCUCAUUCUGUCUUAAUUUGGUCUAACAUUAUUAUUGAUGUUGAUAUUUUAAUUGAAUAUUGAUUUUCCAGAUGAUAAAUCGGUCCUUUUUGUCUCAAAGUUUACCAAAGUGUUAGUUUUUUGUUCUGUUGAAAUAAGUUUAAUUUUAUAUUUAAAAUAUAAAGUUUGAAGAACUGAAAAAUGUAAUUAAUGAAUCACAUUUUUUAUUUAAAUCUGUUAGUUUUCCAAAUGAUGUCUCAUGCUUUAUUUGUUAUUUUAACAUUUAUGUUAAGUAAACCUUUUUAUUCCUCCAAAUAAUUUGAUAAAAAAAAAGGAAAUGAUGAUUAUUAUUAUUAUUAUUAUUUAAUAAUAUAAUUAUUUACAUAUUUAAUAACAGUUCAGAAAGCCACGAAAAAAAUUUAGAGAUAUAAAGUCGAUGCCUUCGCACAGUUUAGAGAUAAACUGAUGAAACUAAAUAAUUUACAUCACUUAGGGUAACUUUUACUCUGAACUGCUGAUGCAUUUAGAGCUUAAAACAAUAAAUUAGCUUCUAAUGCUCUCAUUACUCUAUUCAGAGUUUGUUUCAUUUUAAGAAUAGAACAGCAGAUUUAUGUUGUUUUUACUUUAAAAAGGCUGACAAGAAAAAUGAGAAGCGUAUGAAGAAGUAAAGAACUUCAUAAUGAAGAAGAACAUCGCAACGGUAAUAAAACAGGGAAAGUGUAGCAAAGUAUUGCAGACCACCUGAAUACAUAAUUAACAUCUCUUAAACCACAGUUGUUCUCUGAUUUAUGAAUCCAUUGAAACUGCAGGUGAAUCUGAUGCAGAUGUGAGUGAAAUGAUGUGUGUCAGGCUUUUAAAGUACCAUCAGAAGUCUUCAUCUUCUUUCCUGACUACAGAAGAAUCUGCAACAUCAAAGAGGAUUUCGUAGGACUCCAGGUUAGAAAAAUUAUUAAUUACAGAACAAGUGUUACCAGUCAUCCUAGGAGACUCAUUGUUUCUUCAAUGUCUCACUGGACUGCACCUACAUUUUAUUAACCUUUAUUUUGCCAGUCCCCCACCCUGAGCCCAUCUUUCCAGACCUUCAUCUUAGGUGAGAAGCUGGUGACCUCCGUCUUUAGCAGAGUGAAUGCACAAAAAGCCUCGGGCCCUGAUAAGCUCACAUGAUGGGUGCUUAAGAGCUGUUCUACUCAGCUAGGUGGGGUUUUCAUCAAGCUCUUCCAGCUACUCCACGUCACAUGCUAAAGAUUUUUAUGACCUUAGACCCAUUGUCAUAACAUCUGUCUAAUGUAAAUGUAUGGAGAGAGUUGUGUGCACCCACCUCUAAGCAUAGUGGCAGACCAGCUGGAUCCACUCCAGUUUGCCUAUAAGGCCAAGAGUGGAGUGAAGGAUGUAUGCUUCACUCUAUUGGAUACUGUGGGGAAGCAGCUGGAUUCCACACACCAGGAUUUUUUAUAUGGACUUUUCUUCAGCAUUUAACAGUGUUAACAUCUACAUUUUAAUGCACCAACUUGUGGAGCUACAGGUUCACCCAGCACCAGUCCUGUGGAUUAACAGCUUCCUGCAGGACAGGCUGCAACAAGUGCUGGUUAAUGGUUUUAAAUCUACCAAACCAUUUAUAAAGACAGGAAUCCCCCAAGGAUGUGUUUUAUCUCCUGUUCUCUGUCUACACUAAUAACAUUUCCCGUGGCAGUUUUUUAAGUAUACCAAUGAUGUGGCUUUGGUAGCUUAUGUGACAAAUACAAAUGCACUGUCUGCAGGUAAAAGCAUUUCCUUGAAUUUAUACCGAACAACUUCACAUCUGAUCUGGUUAAAGAAUCUCUGAAGAAAAUGUCUACCAUUUUGAGAAAAUGUUUUCAUUAGUUUUAAACGACUGAAUAAAAACAGUGAA